GGAGAGGGCCUGUGGGCCACGUAACUUGGGCCACAACCUGCAUUCUGUGUGGGCCAUAUUGUGUCGAUGGGAAUGGGAUGACGAGUCUAGUCGAGGUUGCAGUUGCAACUUGCACGUGACCUGUAUUUCGGUUGGAAGAAAACCAAUACACGUGACCUUCAGGUACGUGUUUUGGAGAGUUUUUGGGCAACGAAGGAGAGGGGUUUGAAGUUCAGUGAAGACCCAGUGAAUGAUUGAAUACUCCAUGAAAUAAAGUCUGAUCUCAUAAGUGUGAUUCCUUGUUUACUGUUGGAAUUGGAAUCACAGACGUUACUCUUUUUUGAAUUACAAAUGCUAAAGCUUUUUUCACGGUGGCGCCACGACUUCCAUAGCCACAACCGACCACAAAUCCUCCGUCACUUAACAAAAUCCCAUUUUGAAGACGACCCACCUUUUUCCCCAAUCCUAAAACCCCAAAAUCAGAAGAACAAGAAACUCAAAGAAGACGCAUCAAACAAGAAACCCCAAAACAAAUUCCCUGUAAAAUCAAAUCUACCCUUUGAUUUCAGGUACUCGUACUCUGAGACCAACCCUAGCCUCGAACCCAUUGGGUAUCGAGAAACCCCCAAAUUCUCUCCUUUUGGGCCGGAUCGACUUGACCGGAAAUGGACUGGAACAGUGGCUCCAUUGCAGCAGGCACCCGACAUGGCCAAGGUUGAAGAAGAGAGGAAUGCGGUUCUUGGGAAUCCGUUAUCAGAAGAAGAAGUAUCUGAACUCGUUGAAAGAUAUCGACACAGUGAUUGCUCUCGCCAAAUCAAUUUGGGAAAGGGUGGGGUUACACACAACAUGAUUGAUGACAUCCAAAACCAUUGGAAGAAAGCCGAAGCUGUGAGGAUCAAAUGCUUAGGAGUCCCGACUCUUGAUAUGGACAAUGUCUGCUUCCACCUCGAGGAAAAAUCGGGUGGGAAGAUCAUAUACAGACAGAUUAACAUCUUGCUGCUGUAUCGUGGACGAAAUUAUGAUCCCAAAAAUAGACCUGUUGUUCCUUUAAUGCUAUGGAAGCCAUAUCCACCGAUUUAUCCAAAGCUCAUAAAGAAUGUUGCUGAUGGCUUGACAUUUGAAGAAACAAAAGAAUUGAGAAACCGAGGACUUAACUCUCCUCCACUAAUGAAACUAACAAGAAAUGGUGUGUAUGCUAAUGUGGUUGAAAAAGUGAGAGAGGCUUUUGAAGUUGAACAAGUAGUGAAGCUCUGUUGUGCACAUGUGGGUAUGAGUGACUCCAAAAGGAUCGCUGUGAAGCUAAGGGAUUUGGUCCCUUGUGUGCCUAUAUUGUAUAAAGAUGAACAGAUCAUUCUAUGGAGUGGGAAUAAAGCCACAGAAAAUACUUUGAAUGAUUUAAAGAGAUGAUUAAAACAACAUGCCUAACCUAAUCGUAAAUAACAAGUGGUUGAUAUUAUUAACUUGUUAUAUUGUUUAUUUGUAUUAAAUUAUUAAUGACGGUUUGACAAUUAAAAACAACAUGAGUAACCUAAUGGUAAAUAAUAUUUAUCAUCCUAUUUGUUUUUUUAUAUAUAGUUGUAUUAGAAAGUUAUAUUUGAUGUUCAUCUGAUAAUUUAAAAUUGAUAUGAAUGUGUAAUAGAUUGAUUGUUGCUUAUGUUAAUUAGAAUUUUAUAAUCAUGAUUAUAAAUAUUAUAAAAGAUUUCAAAUUUAAAUUACGUUUUUUUAUUGUAUUGUAUGUAGGAUAUAUUGAUAAGUUCGCCAUUAGAAAAUCGGUUUUAGAGCAAUCAACUACGAGAGAAAGUGUAAAUGAAAAGAUAUGUAACUAUCUAUUUAUUUAAAUUUUUAUGAUAUGC